UCAGUAGCAUCUCGCGCUUGUUCCCGUGCUGUCUUACGAUGUGCGAUACCACGACGAGGCUAGACGGGAAAGUAGUCGUCGUUACUGGAGGCAGCUCAGGACUUGGACUUGAAGCCGCAAAAAAUAUAGCAAAACGUGGAGCACGCGUAGUUAUCGCAAGCCGCAAUGAAACAAAAUUACAGAAAGCACAAGCCGAAAUCGUAAAUACGAGUGGAAACUACAAUGUGGCGUAUAAAUUACUUGAUCUAGGAUCUUUGAAGUCAGUGAGAAGCUUCGUUAAUGAUAUGAAUGGUGAAGAAAGACUUGAUGUGUUAAUAAAUAAUGCGGGAGCGAUCGGAUUACCAGACAGAUUGACAGCCGACGAACUAAAUCUUACUAUGCAAGUGAAUUUCUUCGGAGCAUUUCUACUUACGUUUCUAAUGCUGCCUAAGUUGAAGGCUUCGGCUCCAAGUCGCAUAAUAAACGGAUCAGCUGCUUCAAUGUACAUCGGAUCUAUAGAUUUUAACAAUUGGAACGACGUAGGCACUCAUACAGCUAUACAAGUGGUUGCUUCUUCAAAAUUAGCAAUGGUUUUGUUCAAUGCAGAGUUAGCCAAGCGUCUGAAAGGUACUGGAGUCACAGCAAACAGUUUUGAUCCAUUCAUCGCGCCUGGUACGGACGUAUUUUUUGGCUUACCCUCAUACUUGCAAGAUGUGUCGCGGAUUAUCGCCAGUUUGAUAGGACAACCCAAAGAGGAAGUCGGGAGACAAUUGGGAUAUUUGGCAGCAGCGCCAAACCUCGAGAUGGUUAGUGGAGAACAUUAUAAGUUUUGUGGCAAAUUUCCCAGUCAUUGGUUAGUGAAUGAUGGUGUUUUGACAAAGAAGUUGUGGGAAGAAUCGAAAAAAUUGGUGCAUAUCAGCCCUGAAGAAGAUUGGGAAUUAGGAAACAAGUAAUAGAAAUGGUCCGAAACCCUUAUAUAUAAUUUUGUUGCGCUUAAGAAAAGUCGUAUCAUUAUCGUGAAUUUAGUAUAAAUUAUAAUAUAAUAUUAUCAUUUAUCGCAUUUUGUACAAUGUAUUUAACGUUUUCCUUGUAAGAGGAGUGAAAGCAGGUUGUUUAUUUUUUUUUUAAUCUGAAUGAAAUCUUGAGAUUUUCUGGUACUCAAUAAUAAUUUAGCUCACAGCUCCGUCGGCUUAAUAACAUCUAUUUGCGACAUAAAAUGAUAUAGAUAGCAUUCAAACACAAGCUAGGUAGCUUUUUACUAGGGAGAGAAUUUUUAGAAUCUGAGGAAUAAGUCUAGAAAUUAGAGCAUAAAUUUCAUUGUUACGAACAGUUUAUUGCCUACAUAAUAUGACUAUGAAAGUUUUUAUACUAAAUUGUCGUAGAGUAUUUAAAGACGAAACUAAUAUAUUAACAUUAUAUCUAUAGUUCCGUCAGGACUUGAAUUUAAAAAUAUAUAUUUCUUAUAAGUAAAUUGAUCUGUAACAAAAUUUAUAACAUGGUAUAGCUAAAAAUCCAAAUGUAAUUGUAUAAAGGUUUUUUUAACUCAAUAAAUAACAAGUUUACAAUGUUGUU